CGUGACAUUGCUGCGAGAUCCGGGAACUUCCCGAGGUGCCUUGCAAAUUCAAGAUGGCGCCGCCCAGGUGGAAAUUUUCGAUUUUGAGUGCAAUUUUAGUUGUUUUCUUCCCUGUUUUUGUCAUGGGACAGAUUCAGGGGCUGUACUGUGGAGAACAGAACUGCUACGACGUCCUGGGAUUGACAAGAGAAGCCACGACGCGUGAAAUCGGCAAGGCUUACCGCCAACUCGCCCUGAAGUUCCAUCCCGAUCGAAACAAGGCGGCGGACGCGGAAGAAAAGUUCACCCUCAUCGCGACAGCCUACGAGACGCUGCGAGACGAGGAGAGCCGAGCCGACUAUGACGACGUCUUGGAUAACCCUGAAAAAUACUUCCAGCAUUACUACAGAUACUACAGGCGGAGGGUGGCGCCGAAAGUCGACGUCAGGAUCGUGAUAGUCGUGACACUAACGGUGAUAUCCGUGAUACAGUACCUCGGUUGGUGGCACCGCUACAACCAGGCCAUCUCCUACCUCGUCACCGUCCCGAAGUACCGCACCCGCGCCAUGGACAUCGCCAAGGAGCAGGGCCUCAUCAACAACAAGAAGAAAGGAAGACGCUCCAAGGAAGAGAUAAAACAGGAAGAAGAGGCAGCACUGAAGAAUGUGAUAGAGAACAUGAUGGACAUCCGCGGGGGCUACAGCAAGCCGAGUGUGUACGAUGUACUGUGGGUAAAACUGGUGCUGUUCCCGUACCACGCAGUUCUCUACUUGUGGUGGUACGCGGCGUGGGUGUGGAAGUUCUCGGUGUGUAAGCAGCCAUACGGCAGGGAGGAAAAGAUGUACCUGAUGAGGAGGAACAUCGGGUACACGCCCACACAGUGGGAUGCUGUGGAAGACUCUGUCAAGGAAACUUACCUGCAGAAGGGACUGUGGGACAGAAAAGUCUUCUUGCAAUGGAAAAAAGAGCAGGAAGAGGAGAUGAAGGCAAAGCUGGCAGAAGAUCCCAAGUACAAGAGAUAUCGGCGCUGGAUGAAGCAGGGAGGUGCGACCAGGAUGACGUUUGAGGACUAGUUUAUUAGAGAUCAAUCUCCAGGCAGAUCACCUGUAUCAUAACAUAG